CCGUUGUGGAUGCGCAAGUCAGAGGAUGUGACCAAUGAAGAGUAUGCCAGUUUCUACAAGUCUUUGUCCAACGAUUGGGAGGAUCACUUGGCCGUUAAACAUUUCAGCGUCGAAGGCCAGCUGGAGUUCCGCGCGCUGCUGUUUGUGCCUCGCCGGGCUCCUUUCGAUCUCUUCGAGACAAAGAAGAAGCGCAACAACAUCAAACUGUAUGUGCGCCGUGUGUUCAUCAUGGAUGACUGUGAAGAGUUGAUGCCUGAGUGGCUGAACUUCGUGAAGGGUGUGGUGGACUCUGAGGAUUUGCCUUUGAACAUCUCUCGCGAGACCCUUCAGCAGAACAAGAUCCUGCGCGUGAUCAAGAAGAACUUGGUGAAGAAGUGCUUAGAGAUGUUUGCUGAGAUCGCUGAGAAGAAGGAUGAUUACAAAAAGUUCUAUGAACAGUUCGGCAAGUGCCUCAAGCUGGGGGUGCACGAAGAUUCCACCAACCGGACGAAGGUGGCUGAACUCCUUCGCUACCACACCUCUAAGUCUGGCGAUGAGCAGAUUAGCCUGAAGGAGUAUGUGGACCGCAUGAAGGAGGGCCAAAAUGAUAUCUACUACAUCACAGGUGAGAGUAUCGCGGCAGUGUCGUCUUCACCCUUCCUUGAGACCUUGCGCAAGAAGGGCAUCGAGGUGCUCUACAUGAUUGACCCCAUUGACGAGUAUGCCACCCAGCAACUCAAGGAGUUUGAUGGCAAGAAAUUGAAGAGUACCACGAAGGAAGGUCUUGACAUUGAUGAUGAGGACGAAAAGAAGAAGAUUGAGGAGCUGAAGGCUGAGUUUGAGCCGCUGACAAAGCUCAUGAAGGAAGUCUUGGGAGACAAGGUGGAGAAAGUCAUUAUCUCCUCCCGCAUGGCCGACUCACCCUGUGUGUUGACCACCUCUGAGUAUGGUUGGUCUGCGAACAUGGAGCGCAUCAUGAAGGCACAGGCUCUUCGUGACAGCUCCAUGACCUCCUACAUGGUCUCUAAGAAGACCAUGGAAGUGAACCCCAAGCACUCCAUCAUGGCCGAGUUGAAGAAGAAGGCAGCCGCAGACAAGUCUGACAAGACCGUGAAGGACUUGAUUUGGUUGCUGUUUGAUACUUCUUUGCUGACAUCUGGCUUCAACCUGGAUGAGCCCACCCAGUUUGCUGGCCGCAUUCACCGCAUGAUCAAGCUUGGCCUGAGCAUCGACGACGAUGAUGAGGGCUUGGGUGAUGACGACGAUUUGCCCCCUCUGGAGGAGGUUGAGGGAGCUGCGGAUGAGGCCUCCAAGAUGGAAGAAGUGGACUAAAAUCCAGUUGCCAGAACCGAAUUCAGGUAGCUUUAGACCAUAAUUUGGUCAGUGUGCAGCAAGUGUGCUAUAUACCCAACAAACCGAUCCACAAACAUUGAAGUGCAGCAGAAAAGAGAGCCCCAACUGCCACGCGCACACAUUUCAACCCUCUGCAUGAAGCUGAGCAUGGUGUUCCCAGAUGAAUCUCAUCUCUCCUGGCAGUGUCUUUGGCUGAGGACCCCCAAGAAACACAG